GGAAAGCACUCCGUUGGCUCCCAGAAACAGACUUAUCUAGCUGAGAAGUUUGCACAACUUUAUUGUCUUAAUGAGAGAGCGGGGGAGCCUCAACAGCCAUUUUAAAACAUUCCGAUUUUGUGUUGCUCAGGUUGUUUGUCUACACACACACAUACACACACACCAGAGUGUUAGGCAGAAAUUACAUCGGAGUCUUGGGUGUCAGUCAGUCUCGGGGUUUUCUUCUUCUGAAUUAUUGUGGAAGGCUUCGUGGAACAAUGGCAGCCAUCCAGCUCAGAUUCUUAUUAGUUUCGUUCCUUACAAGUAUCAUGGGAGAAGCACAAUAUGUAAUGCAAGAUGCUGGAUUAAUGCAUUACAUCGACCGCCGAAUUCAGUCGAUAGAGGAGAGAUUGAACAAAUGCAAUCAAGACAUAGUGGAUUAUGUACAAGAAUUCCGGGAGCUUUCAAAGAGAAUGAUGUCACGCCUAGAAGGACUCAACGUUUUGAAGACGGAGCUCAAAAAUGACGUAGACCAUUUGCUAACAAGAGUGGAAAGAGCUCAAAGAGACAUUGACUACUUUGAAUCUGUAAAAGAGUCACCAGACACAUGCGUGGAAGUAGAUGGAGACCUUCUGGAGCAGCAGCUAAUUGAACAAGAAGAGUCAAAAAAGAAAGUCAAACUCAUGCUUAAUGCAAGUUGCAGCUACAUGAUUGCAGGCAUCAAAUCCCUAAAGAUAGUAAAGAAGUCUGGAGACAUUAAUGGCUCAUGGCUGAAAGAUCCAGGCAAGAAUUACCAAAAGAUUUAUUUCCUAACUGGAACAAAGAACAAAACUGUGAUGGAGUUUGCAAAUAUCCGAGCCUUUACUGAAAGUGGUGAGAAACAAUCAGCUCGGAGAAUUACCCUGCCAUUUCCCUGGCAAGGAACAGGCCAUGCGAUAUAUAAUGGCUUUCUGUUUUAUCAUAAAUAUGGCUCCUUAAAUGAGAUAAUUAAAUUUGAUAUUCAGAAGAGAAACAAAACUGACCAGAUGCUGCUGUCAGGUGCCGGGGAGACACCUGCCUAUGAUCUUCACCCUGCCACUAAAAUAGACCUAGCUGUGGAUGAACUGGGAUUGUGGGCAAUCCAUGCAGAGCCAGAUAGAAAGCUGGUUCUUACCAAACUCAACCAUGAAACCAUGGCUGUGGAGUAUACUUGGGAUACAUCCUGCAGAAGCCAGAAUGCUGAAGCUGCUUUCAUGAUGUGUGGCGCCCUGUAUGUCAUGUACAAUUCACCAGGGGGAGGCACAUCUCGGAUAGAGUGUAUUUACGAUACCUUAGAUACCAUCAAUCCUUAUGAGAUCCCGACACUUCAUUUCCCCAAACGCCAGACAAGCCAUUCCAUGGUGCAUUAUUACCCUAGAGAAAGGCAACUUUUAGCCUGGGAUAAUGGAUCCCAAAUCAUUUACAAGCUCCUAACACAGCAAAAACGUUAAAAACAACAAAUUGAGAGAAUAACCCCAACCCACUCGUGCACGCCUAAACAUUGCAGUGGACAGACAGAUUCUAGACUGAGAUACAGAAUGUGGUUGUUUUUCUCUCUGCCUACAUUGGAGACUUAAUUAUAGUUUUAAAAAAGACAUUUCACUCUUGCGAUCUGUGAAUGCGGCAGCCCUGGCCCUCCUUGCUAACAGAGCCAUCUCUCUCAUGCAGAAACCUGAAUGACUCUGCUUCAGCUGGCAGAUUGAGGGCAUGGUGCCAAAUUAGCAGGCUUUUUUCUUUUCUUUUUGAGUGGGACUGUUAGGAAGAACAGUCAUGUCUUCAGCACAAUGGAAAGAGAGCAAUGCCAGUUGGUGGAGGAAGUGAACAUGGGUCUGCUUUGCCCUGGGAGUGAGGAGCGGGGAGGAGGAACACCUGCAUUCUGCUUCAGCCACACAAUAUACGCAGCUUGCUUUGGGACGCCAUUCCCUCCCUGCUCUUCCUCUCCCUUUUUCUGCUCAUUUCCCCUGUAUAGAGCUUCUCCCUCCCCACCCUCCCCAGGGUCUUGCUCUCGCACCCAUCCUCCAGGAGCAUAAGUAGAAAAACCAUGCUCCGUGGCAGUUUUAGUGAGGAAAAGAUGGGACUGGUUUGAUUUCAUCAGAAACUACCUAUAGAUGAGUAAUUUCCCUGGUGACACUUUAUGGUGUGUGGCGCGUAGUAUUGAUGUCAUCAAGAUGGCCACCAAUGAGAUUCAUAAAAUCAUCAAUAUCUUCAUUAUUUAUGGACGGAUUUUAAAAUGUUAAGGUCUCAAUUACAAAUGCUUCCCUACUACCUAGUUUUCCUUUCCCUCUCAAUUUGCUUUCAUUUAAAAAAAAAACUUUGCUUUUUUCUGUCCUAACUUUCCUCCCUCCUAGCCCUUAAACACUUUCCAUUCCCUUGGGGAAAGUGCCAUAGCUUAGGGGCAGAGCAUAUUCUCUGCAUGCGAAAGGGCCCAGGUUCAGUCCCUGGUAUCUUCAAGGAAGGCUUGGAAAGACUCUUGCCUGAAACUGCAGAAACUGCCAGUCAGCCUAGAAAAUGCUGAGCAGAGAUGGCCCUACCAUCAGGCAGAGUGAGGCAGCCAUCUGAGAUAGUAGAAGCUGUGGGAUGGUGGGGGGAUGGCAAGGUGUUGGUGGACAGAGCUGUGUGCAUGCCCCAUGGCCUGCCCUGUGCUCCCUAUGCUCUAGCCUGCUGCCUUCAUUGCCAGUGUUGAAGUACAAUUGAACUAUCGGUCUGCUCAGCUUCGGUCUGUGCAGGGCUGUCCCAAGACAUUUUGCUGCCUGAGACGAAGGCAAGAUGGUGCCCCCUGCAUUCCAUGUACAGAAGCCGACCAGACUUGGACCUCUAUCUUACUUCAAUACUGUCAGUGGGACAGCCUCAUCCACUACACUUGAGGACAGCAGGCUAGCUUAGGAGAUGCAGGUCCACCCAACACCUCAUUGCCCCUCAGUAUCUGCCUCCUGAGGCAGCUGCUUCAAUCUAUGUAAUGUGGGACUGGCCCUUUAUAUAUGGAAUGGAAAACAGCACCAUCUUACCCUUUGUCUCAGGCAGCAAAAUGUCUCAUGCUAUGUGGACCAAUGGUGUGACUCAGUAUGAUUCCUAUGUUCCCAGGGGUGUUUCCCCAUUUUUCUCCAUCUCAUCUACUUUCCUCUCCACCUCCCUCUCUUUUCCCUGCCACAAUAGUUGCCCCAUUUUAACCAGCUCAUGCUUGAGGCUGACGGAGGGGAGUGGGUGGCUACUGCUGCUCCACUCCUCAUUGAAGUUUUCCUCUGAGCCAGAAGCUGUGGUUGGAAUUGGGUGGUGAUGAUUCACAGCUUCCCCCCCCCCUUGCCUCCUCUCCCUCCUGAACCAUUUUCUCAGGCUGUUUGUGGCAGGAACCUUCUGAAACAUAUUCUCUCCUUCUAUGUCUAUUAAUAUGAUUCCCUAGGAAGAAUAUUAAUUCCAUGCCAGUUAAUAUGAAAGGUUUUUGCAGCAGCUUACAAAGACAUUUUUAAAUAAUAAUA